AUGGAGGCUGACGGGCUGCUCGAGUACCCCUUCUGCACCAAGGAGAACAAGAUUUGCAUUGUCCGCUGCACAGCCGGCACCUGGACCGAGCUUGGGGUGGCAUGCUUCGGUCAGUGAGCGAGACACAGAGAGAUAGCGACUGUGUGUGUGUACGUUUGUAUUGUGGAGGCGUGCAUGUGUGUGUGCAGCACGGUGCCCAGUGUUCGUGCCGCCUCAGAGCGACCGAAUGGAGUGCGACCCGCCGAUGUUCUGCAAAGACCCCAAAGACCUCACCGAGGUAAGUAGUGAGUAUCCAUCCCCAAGUAAAUUGGUAUGUCUCACUGUGUGUGUCUUCUCUCUGUGUGUGUGUAGGAUGAGCGAGUGAGCCGCUACUACGUGGCGCCCGACAAUGACACUGACGCCGCCGGGGCCACCACCACCACCGCCAGUAGCACCACCAAUGUGUUCCGUCACGGGUCUGCGUUGCGGCUGUCGUGCAAGAAAGAGUACCAGCCUCACCCCUGGCCGCAGGAGGAGGAAAUCAAGUGCCGCGACGGGCGCUGGUCCAUCCCCACACUCGAAUGCUACAGUAAGCUAAGCAGACCCUGAUCUUCCCCAUACAGACAGACAAGGAUGGGGGCAUGGAUGCGUGUGGAUCCCCCCUCGUAUGUCCAUCAGCACCGUGUCGCGAGGAGCUGGAUCUGGGCAAGAUGCGCCCUUACGAAGAUGUUCAGUUGUAUCAGACGGCGGAGGCGAGCGACAACCCCGUGACGGAGGCCGAGCAGUACCAGUCGCUCAAGACGGAGUACAAGGCCCUCCCCAGCGACCCACACAGUGUGCGGUCGUCCACAGACAAGGACAAGCUGCCGGUGCCUGACAAGAGCGAGAGCAAGGCCCUCUACAUGCACGGCUUCCGCUACGUGGUGCGAUGCAACCCCGAGUCAGACGCCACCGCCAUCAUCAAGCAGCCCUAUGACUUCGCCACUUGCUGGGACGGAGAGUGGACGGACACUUCAAUCAUGUGCAGAAGUAAGUGGGGGAGGGGGGGAUGUCUUCCUUCCUCAGGCACGCGCCUUCUGUCUGUGUGAGCAUGAGUGGGUUUGUCAUGUGCGUCUCUGCAGAGAGCUGUGGCGACCCUUACAAGGUGUUCGCAGCGAUCCACGAGGUGACGUCCAACUAUGUGAUCGAGACGAGCGGCACGACCCACAACAGCAUCGCACACGUCACCUGCGCCGACGGAUUCAGCCCGGCGGCCGGCAGAGAGCCGGAGAGGAUCGAGUGCAACGACGGACAGUGGUGGACACCCACACUCAGAUGCAACCGUACGUAAGGCCACAGGCAGAUGCACACUCACAGACACGCAGACUGAGUACAUACAUAAUCUCGGUGCCUUGGUUGACGUCUUAAUUAAUGACAGGUAACUGUCCCGAGUAUUACGAGUAUGCGAAGGAUGCCGACCCUGACGUGUUAGACGACACGCGGUACGUCAAGCAGGGCUACUCUGGCAACACCAACGCUGGCAGCUCCUUCAAUCUCACCUGCGGACCGUUCCACACAGCGGUGAGCUGAGCUGCGAUUGAUUGAUUGCACGCAGCCGCCCACGCAUACAGCUGGUAUGUAUGUAUGUGCCGCCUCCCUACCUCCCACCCCACCUACCCACCCACAGGGUCAGCUGGACAAUCUCCCCGGUGGGCAUCGCGGUCCCAAAGUCCGGCAGGAGAUCACAUGCCUCGACGGCAAGUGGACGGCGCGGCUCCUACACUGCUUCCGUAACCACACACACAGACACGCAGGCACACACAUACAUACACGGCCAUGUAAUGUACGUGGCUGGCCCUAUCUAUAUCUAUGUCUAUCUUGCCUCCCUUGUCACUCACUCAUUCCCUCACCGCCUGCCCUGCAGACAACUGCCCCGAGUUCGCCCCUGAGAACCCCCUGGACACGGACACCCUUUUCGGCUCGGGCUACAUAGUGGAGGGGGUGGAGGUGAGAGACGUGAGGGACGACCAGCGGUUCAGCGCCGAGGGGGAGCUUCACAUCCAGCACGGCGCCACGCGCAAGAUCAAGUGCUGUGUGGCGGGGCAGAAGCUACGCCAGGGGCCGGACCCAGCCCUCGAGAGCGGCAAGUGCGUGUGGGACUGGGCCACGGAGGAUAACAUGGAGCCAAGGGAGGCCUCCGUGCAGUGCUCUGACGGACUGUGGACGCGACCUGACAUCAUGUGCAGACGUAAGUACGCUACGCGAGCAAGAUCCUAUCCUAUUUAUCUGUAGCGAGCUGUCAAGUUUCUCUCACCCACACAGAGACAGACAGACACACCAUGUAAUUAUUAUAUGUAAGUGUGCCCUUUUCUCUCUCUAUCUCUCUGUUGCGUUGCUGAACCCGAUCCAUCUCCCCCCCAGCGAUGUGUGAGGCUCUCGGCCCCGAACACGAGCUCUUGUGGCAGGGUUCAGCCAAGUACAUGACGAGCAAGAACAAGCCGGGCAAGCUGGAGGGCCGCAAGGGCGAGAGCGGGGCGCAGAUGAUCUACCCGGGUUACUGGGCCAACAUUCGGUGUGCCCCGGGUUACCUGCCGGAGCCCUUCCAAGGUACCGACUUCAGGAGGGACUGGAACAACCGGCCGCAGGCCAGGGCCGUAUGCCACAACGGAUAUUUCACACAUGUCCCAUUCGAAUGCAUCAGUCAGUAGGGAGACAGACACUGAGGACGCACAGGCAGACAGACAGACAGACAGACGUACCUGGCUGCAUGCCUUGUGUGUGCACACCCUCCUUGAUUGCAGAGCAGUGCCCGACUCCCGUGGAUCACUGGGAGCCCGACGCGCGUGUGCGUGCGGUGGCGGUGCGGCAGCCCACCAGCAACCCCCCCAAGAUCAGCGGGCUGGUGAAGUCCAGCCCUUGGGUGGUGCGGCACGGGCAGUCCUUCUACACCUACUGCUGGAGCGGGUCCAAGGCGGCACCCGGGCGGAAGCAGCGGCUGGAGGGGGACGUCUCCUACUACCAGCGGUGGCGCGGCCAGUGCUAUUUUGGAUGCAAAACCACCUUCUACAGGCGCAAGUAUAAGUGGACCUGGAACCUCAAACACAACUUGAUGGACUAUAACGCUGCUGGUCGGUGUGUGGGAGGGAGGGAGGGAGGGAGGGAGAGAGGGCGAGAGGGGGGGAGGGAGGGAGGGAGGGAGGGAGAGACACAUGCACACAGGCAGGCCCGUGUAUGUAUGUUUGUGUAUAUGUGUGUUGGGCGGGUCACUGAUGGUUUGAUGGGUUCGUUGGUUGGUUGGUUCAGGCGACGCCCCCGACGAUAUGAAGAAGUAUCAGUGUUUCUACGGCAAGUGGGUGGGCAAGGACCCCCCCAUGGUCUGUAUACAGCUCGUCAGACUUCACGAGAUGUGCAUCGACGGCGGCACGUCGGUCCAUGUAGCGGGCCGGUCCUCGCCAGUGGCCCUUCGGCACGUCAGAGUGGGCGACCGGGUCCUCUCAUGGCGGCCGGCAGCACGGGGCGGCAAGGGACAACUCACAUAUGCCGAGGUCUACUUCAGGCAAAGCUAUGGCAAGAAGUGGACAUUCACCACGACCAUCACGUUCGCCCGGCGGGACGGCAAGGCCCCUCUGCGUCUCUCCCCCACACACAGGCUGCCCAUCUGCCGCAUGCUCACACGGAGAAAAGCCCGGAAUCGGCCAACUUAUGAUCUGUUGUCGUGGAUGAUGGGUGGAGGAUGGCGACAUCGACAAUGUGCUGAAAUGCUGGCGGGUAUGGGUGUAGAUGUGUCCUCCAGUGGGUCGUCGACGGUGUCAUGGUCUGUGGAGUGGCUGGUGGUUGCUGCUAAGGACGUCCGGCGGGGGGAUUGGCUGAUGGUCUAUGAUAAAGGUGGAAACGCCACUCAUAUGCAGCUGAGCCAAGUGCUGGAGGCCCACACCUCCAUUGAGGUACACACACACACACGUCUGGCUGGGCUGGCUGGCAACAGCACGCACAGACCAGACCAGACCAUGCCUCCUCCCUCCAUUGAGUGAUCCAUUCAUUGUGUGCGGUGCAUAUGUGUGUGUGUGUCCACCAGCAUCGUGCAAUGGAGCUGGUAUACACCACCACGGGGUAUCUCGUUGGCGGGGGUGCGUUGGUCACCGAUGCCGACGAGCCACUCGACGAGUACCUCCCGUGGACACAGCUAACCAACCUCGAUACACGGCUGGUCUACGCCCUAUUUGGCCCCGACGCCGUCCAAUCUGACCUUUUCCAGACAUUCUGGCGGUCAGCGAGACAACACACACAUACACACACACACACACACGUGUGCGCGGAAGACAGCACCGGAGGAUUUCUGCUGUGAGUGGUGGUUCUUUGUUUUGUGUUCAGGUCGACGGGCCAUUUGUUGACGGGCUUCCAGAGGUAUGCGGAGAGGUGGUUUGCUGCCGCUCGCAGCCUGGCCUGGUCAUUUUUGCUGCUGCCGCUGAGCUAGCCAUGUCAUUUUUGCCAGCUAGGGCUUUAUCGACUACUGAUGUGUGUGGUGUGAUUAUGUGUGUUGUGACGUCCUAUAGGACAUUCGUCAGUCACUGUGCGUGUGGGCGUCGUCGUCUGCGUGGCGUGGCACUG